AUGAAGCCUUAUUUUAAUAAAGGGAAAGCAGAACUAACAAGGUCAAACUAUCUUAAAAAAUUGCAAAAUCUUUAAAUAUCAAUCACUACGCUUCCUAAUAGCGGAAUUCAAGUUAAAACACCAAAUGUUUCAAUAAACAAUAAUUCUUUCAAAAUAUUAUCCUAAUAAACUACACCAAAAACUAUUCAAGAAAAUAAUUUCUUUAGUAGCCGUGAUUUUGAUGUUAAUGAAUUAAAAAAGUAACAUAUACGUACAUAAUCUCAAAUUGAAGGUUUGCUAUUAAGAACCCAAUUAGUUGAAACAGUACGAUAAAGAACGGCCUCAACUUUUAUUAAGAAAGCUAAAGCUGAAAUAAAGCCUGCUAAAGUAUAUAGAAUAAUCUAAUAAAUGAAUUAAGAAGAUGAAUUAAGAAAAUAAGAAAAAUAAAAAAAAAUUUAGUUAAUGAAACAAAUUGAAAUGGAGAAAAGAGAAAAAGAAAAAUAAAAUGAAUAACGGGAAUCUACUCCUAAAAUUAAUUCAUUAACAUCAAUUUUAUCAAAAAAAUCUAAUCCUUCAAAAUAUAAAUUAUUAAAAGUUAGUCUUAAUAUAAUAGAAAAAUCAAAAGAUAAAAUAUAAAUAGAAUAAAUUCAUGAAGAUUCUGUAUAAAUGAUUUAGACAACAAAAAUAAAAGAAAAAUAAACAGACACAACAUUUAAAAUAUCAACUAUAAUAACAGCAUUGAUGUUUUAACGUCUUCACUCAAAAAUAACUUCUCCUAAAUUAGCAAGAUUGGUAUCAAAACAUUAUUUAAGUUUAAUUAAUUAUAGAAAAAUUGAAGAAAGACUUUUAGCUUUAACUUCAAGUCCCUCUAUGAAAUAUAUUUAGAAUGUUUUACAUCAAGAUGAUGUUUUAAGCAAUGCUAUUAAAGUUGUUUAAGUUAGAGAAAUUUAAAAAAGAUUAAAUGAAGGACUUUCAUAAAGAAGGAAAGCAUCAAAAAUAAUAUUUUAAAAAAAAUCUAGUAGGGAAUUAAGAGCUGAAGAUAUCUUUUCAGAAAAAGUUUUAAAAAGAGUAAGAUUUAUAUAGAUGUGCUUUAGAAUGAAAGUGUUUAAAUUCAACAAAAAAUCUAUAGCUGCUUCUAAAACUAUUGAUAAAGUAAGAAAAUCAACAAAAGUAAAAGCAUUUAAAAGAAGACUUGGAGAUAUUAUAUUUAUGAGUGAAAAUGUUCCAGUAUUUCAAUUAUAAUAAGAGAAAAAAGAGUAAGAAGAGAAAGAAAAAGAAAAGAUUUAGAUUGAUGAUAAAAAAGAAAAUCUUGGAGUUUUUGGAAUGCUUUGGAAGGCUUAAAAUAAAUUUAAGAAUUUUUGUAGACAUCCAGGAUUAAAAAUUCCAUCCAAGACUUGUGAUGAUUGGGUUAAACAUAUUUAAACAUUAUAUUAUCCUAGUUUUAGAUAUAUUUCUGUUUUUUAUAGAAAUAUUGUUGUAUGGUCAGUUUCGUAUUACGAUGUAACUUAUGAUAAAAGUUGUAUUGCCUUAUUCUUUAAAGGAGAAGGUCGUUAAUAAUAUCAUUUUCGAUUAGAUAUUCCACUUGUUACUAUGCCAGAUUUUGAAGUUAAUAAAAAUUGUACUACUGUUUGGCCUACAGUAAAAGAUUAUCUUAUAAUUUAUUUAAGAUAAAAAGGAUAAUUGGCAUUAUUGAAUAAGGAAGCUCUUCCAUCAGCAAAAGUUUAUAAAACAUCUUUUAUUUAAGGACUUUCCCUUAAAUCAAGAAGAAAACUCACUGAUCUUGAUGUCUAAUCAAUUGUUGAAACUUAAAAAAUUAUUAAUUAUUUACAAAAUAAUUAAAUUGUUAAAAUUAAAAAAAAGAUUGGAACUACUUAUGAUCUAUUACCUUAAUUAUCAGAAACUAUUGAUUAAGAUUUAAUAAAAUAAUACAUCAUUAAUUUACCAUUAAUUAGAUUAAUUCUUAUUGAUAUACUUGUUAAAGAAUAAAAAAUAUUAGAAAAUAAAAGAAAAUUAAAUUAAGAUAGUUAAAAUCUUUCUUAAGAAUAUAUUAAUUAUAUUUAAAAUAAUUCUUAAAUCUUAAAUUCAAUAUUGUAAUUUAGAUUCGUACAUAAUUGUAGUGAAUUUUUUUAUGAUUAAUUGAUAACAAAAAUAAAUCAUUAAAAAAUUAAAAAGAUUUUUAUAUAAUCUAGUUUUUUAGAUAUUAAUGAAAUUUUAAUUUAAUCAAAUGAUGCAUUAUUAGGAUAGGUGAGUAAAAUUUGUUAAUUAAGCAUACAUAUAUGCUAUACUGGAAAUGUGAUCCUUGACAAAUUGUUAUUAGAUGUUGAUAGAAUGAGACCUAGAUAUGAAACGAAGAAUGAAGUAGAAGAAUUAUUUUAAAUUAAUACUCAAAAUUUAGAAUGGAUAUUUGAUUCUUCUAAAUUCUAAUUAUAAAUUGAAGCAUUAUUAUUUGAAAAAGAUAAAUAACAUACAGAUUAAGUUUUUUAUUAGACAAAUUUAUCUAGAAGAAGAAAUGAAAGAAUUUUUUAACCUUUAACUAUAAGUGUUUUUCAUUUCGAGAAAUUAGCUCUAGCAGCUAAAGAAACAAUUGAUCGUUCCAUUUUUGAUAGAUUCGAUAUCAAUUAGAUUUUGAAAAAUUUAAUAUUUGAAAGAGCAAAUUAUUCUGUUAUUAUUAGUUUAAUCUUAAAUAAUUUGAUAACUUUGAAUUUUAAAACAAGAUAGGUAGCCUUAAAAGCUUAAUAUUAACAUAUUCUUUCAACAACUUUAAAUUUUAUUGAGAAAAUGGAUCAUCAUAGCUUAUAUAAUACCACUUAAACUUACUUAAAGUUCAGUAUAUAUCCACAUGAAGAAUAAGAUUUAAGAAAAAUAAAAGAAAUUCAAUCAACCUAAUCAAAAUAUUUCGAAUAUCAUUCUAUUUUUGAUUAAUAAUUUUAAUAGAUUGAUUAAAUUGAAAUAAAGCCAGAAUAUGCUUCAAAAUAAUUGGAAGUAGCUUAAGAAUACAAUUAUGACUAAAAAUAAAUUUUUUGGUCUUAAGGUGUCAAAAGAUAUGACACAGUCCAACAUCCAAAUUUUGUUUUUGUUAGCCUCAGAGAUAAAUUUAUAAUUAUAAUUAUGUCUAAACAAAGAGUAAGAAUGAUAAAUAUAACUAGAUUGAGAAAACCUUUAAUAUUAGAUUCAAAUGAAUCAAUAGUUUUUAUUAAUAGUUGUAAGUAUUCUUAAUAAAAGCUAUACUAAAAGUUAUCUCUAUAUAGUAAAGUUUUUUUAACUCUUUUAAAAGAAAAUUGUUUUUUAAGAAUCAGGAUGGAGAAAUUCUUUUGUAAAUUAAGAGCAUCUCUACCAAAUUAUAGUAAAAUAAAAGCUUAUUUAUUAUCUGAUUCAAAAGAACUAAUUAAUUAUUUAAAUCGUUUAGACUUUACAUUUACUUUUGAAACAAUAAAUAAAGCAAAAUGUUAUGCAAAUGUUAAAGUGUUUUAUUUAGGAAAAUAAGAUUCCUUUUGCUCAACAAGAUUUGAAUAAAUUUAUAAGUUCGAUGGUGAAAAUUUGUUCAUAAGUCUCUAGAUACAUGAGUUUGAUUCAAAGUUAAAAAAAUAUAUUCUUAUAAUCAAUAAAUUUGAUAUAGAAUAAAGAUUUGAAAUUUCAAAUUAUUUCACUCCAAGUUUAAUUUAUUAAUGGUGUUAGGAAUUUGUUGUAAAUUUAAAAUUUGACAAAAAAUUUCUAUACAAAACUCCUUUUUCAGUUAUGUAAAUAAUUAAAACAUAAUAAGAUAUUAAAUUAUCUUCAUUUUGGAUAGCAAAACGAUCAUAAAAAUGUAUUCUUAAUGAAUAUUAACGAGUUCAUUCUUAUGAUUAUAGUUAAGCUAAAUAGUUUUUGAGUUAAAGAUAUAAAAUAUUUAGAGUAAUAGCACAUUAUAUAGAGAAGUUUUAUAUCGUAAAAUAAAAUAAUUAAAUAACAGUAUUAAAUGAAUGUUUGUUUCUUCAAUUUAAAAAUUAUAAAUUAAUCAAAAUUGAAUUUGUAAUAAUUACAAUAUAAGCUCAUACAGUUUUAGAUCUUGUUUAAAUUACCUAUUAUUUUCCAAAGAGUAAGAAAAGAUUAAUGACAAAUAUUAAUUUAAUACAGAUUUAAGAAAUGGACUUUAGUUUAGGGAUAAUAUUUCAAUUAUUUAAUAUUACUGAAUAUCUUACCUUCAAUGAUAUUGUUAUUCAAGUUGAUGAAAUAUAAAGAGGAUCUCUUAAAUAUAGAAGAACUUCAAAAAUGAAUAGUUAAGUGAUGACAAAAUUAAAUAUUAUGAGACAAUCUAUUGAUGUAUCAUAGCUCAAUUUUACAACAGGAAAAUCAAAAAGAAGAUAAGGAUUCGUUGCAUAAGCCUCUUAAAUUAAUAUUAAAACUAAAGUUAUAAAUUAAGCAAUAGAAAAAAAUGAAGAUAUGUGUCAAAAAGUAUUUUAAAUUAUUGAAUUUACAAGAUUAUUAAAUAAAGGAGAUAGAAAAAAUGAUAAACGAUAUUUAAUUGAAAUAAUGUUUUGGAAAUUAAUGUAAUAAUAAGUAUUUUAAUUAUCAGUUCGUAAAGAAAAAAGAUAACUUAAAAGUUAUAUUAGCUUAUUUGAUAGAUUAGUUGAAUUAUUUGAUAAUGAAUCAAAUAAGAAAUAUCGAAUAAUUGGAAAAGAAUAUUUAGAAAAAAAAUAAACAGAUGAAAACAUCAGAUAUAAUUAUAAAGUAUAAUCAGAAUGUAGAAAUAUGUAUAGAGACAUGAUAUUAGAAUAAGACAUAUACAUGACUUAAAAUUUAAAUUUUGGCAAGACACCUUUUGUAAUAAAGUGUAAUUUAAAUGAGAUUUCUAUUUUAGAAUAUCUUUGCACUAAAUAAUUUAGAAGUGAUAAUGGAAGUAGAGGAUAUAUUGAAUAUUUUUUAGAAAGAAAAACAAAAUCGAAAGGGAUUGAUUUAUUUGAACCUGCAAAACCUAUUUUAUAUUCAGCAUCUUCAAGUUAUAAUAUCUAUUUGAGAUAUUAUUGUUUGGCUAAUUAUCAAUAUAAAGAUAUCAGAAUAAAUUUAAGAGAAAUAAUGAAUUAAUUAGUUACUGAUGGUUUAUAUAAAUCAUAAUCAAAUUAUAUGAAUAGUAAAAUAAAUCUAAGUGAUAUUAUUGAAAUGUGUCAUUAUUUAACUCAAAAGAUAAAAACCUAAAAUUAUUUAAAUCUAGCUAGAUUAUCUUUAAUUUAGAUUAAUAUGCUACCAGAAAUACAAUAACAUAUUAUUUCUGAAUGUGAUGAUUAAUUAUCUAAGGAAAAUAAAUAAAGAUCAGGUGAUGGUUUUGUAUGCACAUAAGUUAUUAGAACGAAAAAGAAUCCAGCUGUUUAUUAAUAUUAAUUAUUUUAAACAACAAGGAAAGUCAUUAUCAAUAAAUAUGAAAUAAGAUAAGACUAUUUUGAAUAAAAAGAAUUCACUUAUGCCUAAGUAACCCAGUAUGUCCAUAAUUUUAUAUUUCUUAUUAAAGCAAAAUUAUACUAUCUAGCUUUGAAAAGAUUUUCUUAAUGUUACAUAGAAUUACAAAAAAUUAAUUAAUGA